UUGACUCUUGUCUGUGAUUUGUUAAAGAAAUUUUAAGAUUUUUAUAAUUUUCCUGUGUAUCUUUAUUGUCGCACUGCUGCAGUUGCAAAUAAUUUGGCCACAUUCUCAUUAAAAUAAAAUUGUAUUAUAAUUUUAGUAGUUUUUGUAAUAAAUCCAAAACGAACUUGAUGACAUUUUGUUAGUGUCUUCGGUGUUACAUAGUGCAGAGGAAAAUAUGGAUGAUACAGUAAUUUCGCCAGGGCAUAAGAUGGGUGAUUCGGCCUCUGAGAGCGAUUCGAGUUCUCUCGACGGCGGAGCUAUGUUACCUCCCAGCACUGUUACACGAGACCAACUUCAAAAAAGAAUUGAGUCACUACAGCAACAAAAUAGAGUAUUGAAGGUUGAACUUGAUACAUACAAGUUAAGAGUAAAAGCACUUCAAGAAGAAAACCGAGCCUUAAGACAGGCUUCGGUGUCAAUACAAGCUAAAGCAGAGCAAGAAGAGGAGUAUAUAUCUAACACUCUAUUGAAAAAAAUUCAAGCCUUAAAAAAGGAAAAGGAAACACUUGCUCAUCAUUAUGAACGGGAGGAAGAAUGCCUUACAAAUGAUCUUUCUAGGAAAUUAAAUCAGUUACGACAAGAAAAGUGCAGAUUAGAGCAAACAUUGGAACAGGAACAGGAAUGUUUGGUCAACAAAUUAAUGAGGAAGAUAGAGAAACUCGAAGCAGAGACUCUUGCAAAACAAACUAAUUUAGAAAGGCUUAGGAGAGAAAAGGUUGAAUUGGAAAAUACUUUAGAACAGGAGCAGGAAGCUCUUGUGAAUAGAUUAUGGAAGAGAAUGGAUAAGCUUGAAGCAGAAAAACGUUCCUUACAAAUAAGACUGGACCAACCCGUCUCAGACCCAGCAAGUCCCAGGGACAUUAGUAAUGGAGAUACAGCCUCAAAUCUUAGUAAUCAUAUUCAGACAUUGAGGUCGGAAGUGGUCAAAUUAAGAAACCAAUUGGCUGUGUCUCAAAAUGAAAAUAAAGAGAAAAUGCAACGCUUUGCCUUAGAAGAGAAACAUAUUCGUGAAGAAAAUAUUCGCUUGCAUCGAAAACUGCAACAAGAGGUGGAGCGACGCGAAGCGCUGUGUAGGCACCUAUCGGAAAGUGAGUCUUCGCUCGAAAUGGAAGAGGAAAGGCAGUUUAACGAGGCUUUUAAUGCGCGAUCACGCAGCGUGUCAUCCCCGGGCGGGUCGCGGCCAUUGUCGCCCUAUGCCACGCCUUUAAUGCCUACAGGGCUACCUCUAUCUCGACCAGUAUUGCAUUUCAAUUCGCAGCAAGGCCGUCGGCCAAGCGAGCGGUUCGUGAAGCCGGCCGUUCCGUGUGCCAUCGGUUUGCCCCGAGGCCCAUUUGAAGCUCCUGCGCCGGCCCCGGCCCCACUAUCCCCGGCACUGUCCCCGGCGAUGCCUCAACCAGCUAGCCCCAUGGACACCUCCUCUAAGGACUGAAUGAUCACUAAUACCCCCUAGUAUGAGAUUUUGUUAUGUUUAUUACCAUCGUGUAUCGCCCGUUUAACUUCACUCGUUUUGAGCAGUCAAUUGUCAAAUUUAUAUGACGUUUGACAUUUACGCUUUUCGUUCUGGACCCCAAUUUGUGGGAUAGUAUAUGUUGCCACGUCAAUAUAGAUUUAUCAUAUACAACUGUAUACAUUUUUGUUCCGAUAUUUCCUUUACAUGGUUACGAGUUGACUAAGGAUUACAUGUCAUUGAAAAAUGGCUCGCAGGAUUCUUUAUUUUGAAUUAAUAUUUUAAAAAAAAUAUUGACACGUAAUUAUGUCAUAAACUGAUUCAUAAAGUUAGUCUGUGGGUAUGUAAUUAUGUCAUAAACUGAUUCAUAAUGAUAGUCUGUGGGUAUAUAAAAAGUUUGUAUUUAUUCGCUGACACAAAAACUUUUUCUGACUCAGGAGAUCUACUCUAAAAUUGCCGGUUAUUCUACCAGACAUUGAUAUUAUCCAAUUUAGUGUGGAUUAAAGUAACUAUUUAAUUUAACUAACAAAUUUGGGGUCCGACUUAGAAAUGUUUUAUCAAUUAACAAUCAAAACUUUGCUAAUGUGUCAAAUUUUUGAUCUGUCAAAAAGUAUUUUACGAAAUUAAAUUCUCUUAUUCAAUAAACUGUCUCUUUUCAUCACAACGUAAACACAAUUCAACAGAAAGAGACGAAAGUGCUUUAGUGAAAUAUGAACACCACGGGAUAUUGGUGUUGAAUGAUUUGACAUUUAUUUUGGGAAAAAUAUUAUGUUUUGAUCAUUCUAGGGGUGGGAUGGGAUGCCUUUCGCGGCCGGCUUUUAGAUUGUGGCUUUAUGAAAAUACAAUGCGCGCCUUUUUAAACUUUGCUUUUUUCUAUUCAGGAAUUACUUAUCAUAAUUCAAAGUAUUUUUAAAUUAUAUCAUGGUAACCAUGGUAACUAAUAUGUUUAGCUAAUUCCGCGUUUUAUAUCUUAUAUUAAUUUCUUUAUGGCUUUUUAGAACUGUCUUCUAUGUUUAUUGUGCAUUGUGACGACAACUAACGCCCGAGUUCUAUAUUUAAAAACCAAUCGAAGUUGCUACUAGUCGUAUAAAUUCAAAUUAUUAAUAAUGACUAGUUUUUAAUUGAAGAAGGCGUAACAGACUAGACUAGAGAAAAGAAGAUAUAGUCCUUAUUUUCACCUCAGUUAAAGUCUCUUCUACUAUCUUCACUUUCCAUACGGCGUCAAUGUAUUUGGUGUGUAUCUAAAAAAAUAUUGUGAAAUCGCGCAUUGUACUUUCAGUUGGUACUUUCUUUUAUAUCAAGGAUUUGUAAAGAUUUAAAAGUCAAAAUAAUUCUCAUGAAACCUAGGCCUGGAUGUGUCAGUUUCCACCCAGGUCUUUCACGGUAGUCCGCUCCGGGAGCGUGAAAAGUCUGUCAUACUUUCGAAUUUGAGACUAUAUGGAAAUUAAAGUAAUUUUAUUCUAGUUUUAGUUUUUCUUCAAUUUGACUCGCUAUUGAAAUUUAUAGACCGGUUAUUUGGUUCUAGACAAAUAAAAAUUAUAUGUGAGCUUGUGUGUACAACGGAUACGUGUGCGUUAUUUUGACUUUUAAAUAGUAAUUCAGGGUCGUUUUAUUUAUUGUUUUUAUUUGAUUCUAACAACAUUUUUAUAUUAUGUUUUCACGUCAAUGGAAUUGAGUAUGCUCUGGCGGAGCAAAAAAUAUUUUUUAAUAUUGUAUGCGGGCUUUCAUUUUGAUCAUGACAUUUUAACCGUGGUUGUUUUUCGAGUUCAAUAAAUCCGGCCGUAAUUGUUACGGGUCGUAUAUCUGAGGCCUCUUCUUGUAACAAUGAUAACGUUAUGUCCAGGGGUUCUGUCGAAGGAAUAGUAAAUGUUUCGGCUUGGUAGUCACAGGAGUGUCUUCUGUAGGAGGGUGGGGUCUUCUAGGGAUCUAUAGUUACAGUUGACAUUUUUUUAGUAUUCUCGUUAUAUUGUUAACGUGUUUAAGAUGUUUUGAUCAAAUAUUCUAACAUACUCGCGGUUGGUCUAUCAGCUUACGGCUUAAUAGAUGUAAUUAUUUUAUUGUAUGCGGCUAUAAGGCGACAUAUAAUUGUGCACAUUUUGCGUCCUCGUGUAUAAUACGUGCACAUCGCUCACUGCCUUUUAGAUUGCGUACGAUCCUUCGUGGAUAUUGUGAACUUCACUAAGAAUACCUUGCUAUCCUGUUAUGACAUUCUGCGCAGCUAGAAAUCAAAUUUAGAAUGCGUUUUUGAAAAAAGGAGCGACAUCGUGUGGUUUAAGAACGGUAAACAAAAGACGAUCGCGUGAUUCCUUUGUUUGCAAAUGGAACGUGUCGAUUGUUUGUAAUUGGACGCUCCCCGACCAAUUACAAUGAAGCAAUGCGAUUCGACGUUCCAUUUUUGAAAUGGUCGAGAUUUAGCGCUAAGCAUCACUUGUGUAUUUCAAAAAUGUAUUGGAUGAUACACGGGAGUGUUGUGUCUAGGCAUCUCGCUUUAUAUACCCAAUGUAUAUAUUAUUUUGUUUAUAAAUGUACCAGAGAAAUGCUUUUAAUCCGCCAAAGGAUCGUGCGUAAUCGGAAUUACUCGGAGGUUUUGAUAAUUAAGGCUCGUCUAGUGUAAUCAUGUUUUAGUUAGAACUGGAUAUAUUGGGCUUGACUGUAUGGCAGUGGGUUCUGUAUAUACUGUGUUAACUUGGGUAAUGUCCUUGCCUUAGCCAAGAACAUUUAACAAAGGCUCGCGGAAUUUCUUAGAAAGUGGUCACGUGUUCAUUCACAUCUGUCACUUGUCGAUAUUCUUGGCUAAGGUCCUGCUCAAAGGGGUUAGUUUUAAAGAUUUAGCGCGAAAUUACUCUUACGUCAAAAAAACAAUACAUUUUUAACAGGAAUUUUGCGUUAAGUCUCCAUUAGCCAUAGACAGCAAUAACUGAGCAGCUCUUGAUUUUGGACAGAACCUCGUGCCGUGAACCGCUCUUGACCGUUUUGUUUUGUUGUUUUGGCAUUUGGAGAGCGGUGCAUGCCGGCUCACUGCGUUCAAUUGCGAUAAUUUUCACUUAAACAGUUUAUUUUUUUCAUGUUAUUAAAGAAAUAUAUAUGCAUUAAUUAUUG